AUAACUAGCAAUACUAACCGACUUCCAUUGCAAGCUUCGCAAUUGUAAGUGGUAACCCACUCUGAUCAUUCACCGAGAAGACCUUUUUUCCUUUAGCCAUGGAAGUUGGGCAAUCAUCUGGUUCAAACUCCUCUCAUGAAAUUUGGGCCAAACUUGUGCCCUCUGAUUCAUGCUGCGUGAGCAUUGAGAUUAGCUCAGAUGAUACAAUCAUAUGCUCAAGUAUCUCAUCUACUACUGAUAAGGUUGAAUGGUGUCAGAUAAUAAGGAACUCAGAUCGUUGUUCUGCCUCUAUAAGAAACAAAAGGUCAAAUAAGAUUCUUGUUGAUGGGAUUACACUAGAGAGUGAAGCUGUGGUUGGUAUAAAAUGUGGCAGUGAAAUAGUGCCUGCUUCCACUAGAGAAGGGCAUCUUAGCUACAAGUUUGAGGUGAUGCCUGUGCUAGAACAAUGCUCUAAUCAUAAGUUGAUGAUUUCCCUAGAUGCGGAACACGCAAAAUGCAGCAUUUGCCUUAAUGUCUGGCAUGAUGUUGUGACAGUUGCUCCGUGCCUUCAUAAUUUCUGCAAUGGAUGCUUCUCAGAGUGGUUGAAGAGGUGUCAGGAGAAACACUCAAGUGUUUUGUGCCCUCAUUGUAGGGGAGCUGUGCACUUUGUUAGUAGAAACCACUUUCUGCAUGGUAUUGAGGAGGAAAUUUUGCGGGCAGAUGCUUCCCUACGGCGUUCUGCAGAAGACCUGGCUAUAUUAGAUUCUUAUGCGUCGAUAAAGUCUAGUCUUGUCAUUACAAAUGGAAAAAGGAAUCGUCGAAAAAGAGAACAUUCACCGAUUUAUCAAGAAAGGCAUGAGAUAGAGCUACAAUGCCGUCAAUGUGGGACUCAGAUUGGUGAUUUUCAAUGCAAUUCUAGUACUGUCCAUUUACAAUGUCAUGCAUGCAGAGGAAUGAUGCCUUUGAGAUCUGAUAUCAACAUCCCUCAAAUAUGUUUAGGUUGCAAUAGACCCUUUUGUGGUGCUUAUUGGCGUGCUCAGGAAGCUACUGCGACAGAUCUUCACCCAAUGUGCAACCUUGAAUCAUUUAGACCUGUUUCGGAGCACAGAGUUGCUGUUAUCCCUUCCGUAACGCAUGAAAGGAAUUCAUACGAGCAAGAUAUCACAAAUACGUGUAUAAGGCAGUUGGGUAAAACAUUACAAGAAGUCAUUUCAGAAUGGGUCACAAAGUUAAACAAUCGAGAAUUUGAUCGUUCAAGAAUGCCUUUGCAACAUGGUGACAUGAUAGCUGCUGGUACUCAUGUCUGCCGUGAUUGUUUUGAGCAGCUGGUUUCAUAUCUUCUCUAUUGGUUCCGGGUUUCAUUGCCUUGCCAUCUUCUACCAGCGGAAGCAUCUAGCCGGGAAAACUGCUGGUAUGGAUACGCUUGUCGAACGCAGCAUCAUAGUAUAGAUCAUGCUCGUAAGCGUAAUCAUGUUUGCCGAGCUACCAGGGGUUCAAAUAGAUGAAUAUACACUGCACAUACAAAAGGAAUUUGGCAGUUGUGCUGCUAUUUUUGAAAUAGCAUAGCAAUGGUGUAUCUUUAUUCGUAUGCAUUUUGUUUCUAUGUUUUCAUGUUGUAACAUAUGAUGGUGAUUACUUCAAAUUACACCGACUUUUCGAUUGAGAUAAAUCUCGAUUCUUAUUAUAAAUUUAUAUUGAGUUGUAUAAUAAAUCUGAAUAUAAAAGCAAGUUUUG